AUGCUCGAAGCCUUCACGGCCCAGCCGAUUGUCGAGCUGAAGCAACGCGACAAAUCCAAGAUCGAAUGUAUCCUCUCACAUAGCGACCAGCUCCUCGUGGGCCUAAACACCGGCUCGUUACGAAUCUACCGCGUCAACGCACCUUCCACGCCCGCCAACGGCACCUCCGACAAUGCGCAGGCGAAGAAGCCGUCGGAGCUGCUCCGCGAGUACGAGCGUUUCGCAAAGUACAAGAUCGAGCAGCUAGCCAUAUUCCGCGAAGCCAACGUGCUGAUUUCCCUUUCGAAUGGUCUGAUCUCGCUACACGAGCUGGGCACAUACGAGCUACAAGAGCAGUUGGCAAAGACGAAAGGUGCGUCGAGCUUCGCAGUCACCAGCAACAUCGUCAAAGAUGAAUCGACGGGCAUUCCCACACUGGUUAGCAGACUUGCGGUGGCGGUCAAGAGGCGGAUACUGCUGUGGGAGUGGCACGAAGGAGAGUUGACGAGCGAGCACAAGGAGAUCGCGCUGCCUAGCACGAUCAAGCUGUUGCUAUGGGCGACAGGGACGACGAUCAUCGCGGGCCUCAACACGCAUUACGAGUUGGUAGACAUCAGCAAUGAGAACAGCAAAACAAUCAUUGGGCCUGGCAGCAUUGGCGGACAGGCUGGACAAGACUCGUCGCGGCUAGGAGGGACAAUGAGCUACAUCGGCAUGGGCUCUAUGGUUCCCGAUCCACUAGCGUCAGGCCUCAGCGAAAAAGAGAUGCUACUGGCGAAGGAUAUCAACACACACUUCAUUGACCGCAAUGGGGAGCCUUUGAAUCGGAGACAGAUCCCUUGGAAGACCGCGCCUCAGGCUAUCGGCUACUCGUACCCAUAUCUGCUCGCGCUGACCGAGUCUGCGAAAGGCGUGCUCGAAGUCAGAAACCCCGUCACACUGACAGUGCUCCAGUCAAUUGAUCUGCCAGGCGCCAACCGUCUGCAAGUCCCGAACCCGAACAUCAGCCUCGCGCAUCAGGGCAAAGGAUUUCUGGUAGCCAGCGAGCGAGCUGUCUGGAGGAUGCAAGGCCUCAAGUACGACGCGCAGGUUGAUGCUCUGGUUGAGGCGAAUCAGCUAGACGAGGCAAUAAGUUUGCUGGAUCUCGUCGAAGAUACCUUAAUCGAGGACAAGGAUGGUCGACUGCGAGAGAUCAAGAUGAAAAAGGCACAGCGACUGUUCGACGACAAGAAAUUCCGCGACUCGCUGGACCUUUUCGGUGAAGUCUCAGCACCACCGGAGCGGGUCAUUAAGCUCUACCCGAAGCUUAUUGCGGGCAGUCUGGCGGCUGAGCCAGAGUCCAAGGAGACGCGACAGGACACGCCAAAGAAGAGCCACAAGAAGAGUGUGUCCGUGCUGAGCGGCUCGUCCAAAGAUGACGCAGCUGACGCAGCAAGCGUCUUGAGCACCAAACCCGCGGACGACGAGGGCUGGAGCGAGAAAGAGCUGAAGACGGCAGUUCGAGAGCUGCAAGCAUUCCUCGCCGACGUCCGCCGCCGACUGCAGCGUUUCUUCAAUCCUGAUCAGAGCGUCAAGAGCUUGACGGAAGUACAAGAGCUGUUCAACGACGAAGACGUUCGACAGAUGGUGGAAUAUCUCCUGGGCGUGUCAUCGCUCGACGAUGUUGACCUUGCCACACAGCUCACAACACUUGCAACACAGGUCGAUACAACACUCUUCCGAGCACACAUGUUCGCGACACCUUCGUUGGCUGGCUCGCUCUUCCGCAUCGCAAAUUUCUGCGACCCAGAAGUUGUGAUAGACCGACUCGAGGAGUCCAAGCGCUAUAGCGAACUGAUCGACUUCUUGUACGGCAAGAAACUGCACCAGCAAGCACUGGAGCGGCUGCAGAAGUUCGGGAAGUCCUCAGAGGACGAUGAAGUUGAUGAGAAUCUGCGAGGCCCAGCAAGGACGGUGUCGUACCUCGGAGGUCUGCCUUCCGAGCUGAUCGAUCUGAUUCUCGAGUUUUCGAAAUGGCCGCUCAGCGUUGACGCGAAGCUGGGAAUGGAAGUCUUCACCGCCGACACCGAGAAUGCUGAGACGCUUGAUAGAGGCAAGGUGCUCAGCUUCUUGAAGUCGAUCGAUCAGAAUCUCGCGCAGCGAUACCUCGAGCAUGUGGUGGAUGAAUGGAACGACCUCACGCCGAGUCUUCACCAGGAGCUGCUCAGCAUCUACCUCUCCCGACUCAAGGCCGGAGAGCAUGACGCAGAGCUGCUGGAAAGGUUCCUCACCAUGCUACAAAACUCGACGCAGUACUCAGCGGCUAAGGUCCUUAACGAACUUCCCAAAGACGACGCCAACUUCUACGAGGCGCGGGCUAUCCUAUUCAGCAAGAUGGGCAAUCACAAGCAAGCGUUGGAGAUGUACGUGUUCAAGAUCAACGACAACUCGAAAGCAGAAGAAUACUGCAACAAGGUUUAUCUCGACAUGAUGAGCGAGUCGCCGAAGCCCAAAGGCACAAUCGCGGCGCCUACUGCCGACCCAAUGGACGAAGAUCCCUCGAUAUACCACCUCCUCCUCAACCUCUACCUCAACCCGCCGAAAGGCGAAACUUCGCGCUAUGCACCCGCAAUCGAGCUGAUGGCCAAGCACGGCGCUCGCCUCCCCGCGUCUUCGACCCUUGAACUCAUCCCGCCGGAGCUGUUGGUGCGUGAACUCGAAUUCUAUUUUCGAGGGCGGAUGCGGAAUGCCAAUACUAUCCUGAACGAGUCGAUGGUAGCGGCUGGGCUGCGGAAAGUGGAUGCGGUCCGGGUGCAGGCCGCGCUGCAGCUCGGGCAGGGCAGCAAGUAUGGUGGCCGCUCGAGGAAGGUGCGGAUCGACGAGGAGCGGGUGUGUGGUGUGUGCCAUAAGCGGUUGGGUGGGAGUGUGAUCAGUGUCUUCCCGGACAACUCGGUGGUGCAUUUGGGCUGUGCGGCGAGGAAGACGAGUGUGGCGGCUCAGUCGUAG